AUGGCCGUACCCUCUCCGCAUCUCGCGGAACGAAGCUAUGGAUCAAAUACAUCAUACAUCUAUGAAUACUCCAGGGGCCUAAGCGGUGUUGAUGUCCCUCGCGAUGUCAUUAUUACUCGAAUUAUCUAUGUAUCAGUGAUUAUUUUCGGCUUCGCUAUAUUCUGUGGCCGGGUUGCGCAACUGAGCCAUGCAUAUCUUCGGCAUAUAACCUCAAACACAGCUUCCCGGAGGCAACAAACCUUCUGGAGCCAAGAGCAGUAUACAUGGUGGGCGAACAUGAAGAAACACAUACUGUACGCCCCGCUAGGAAGGAAGAGACACAAUCGGGAGGUUCAGCUGUCGUCGGCGAUUGGCAUUGGCACAUUGCCAAGCCGCUUCCAGACCGUCUUGAUCUUCUUCUACUUUACCAGUCAGCUGGUGUAUUGCGUAUAUCUGGACUACGGUGUCAAUGAGAAGGCUGCGCUGGUUGCAGAGCUCCGUGGACGCUCAGGUACCCUGGCUGUCUUGAACAUGGUGCCGCUCUUUCUCCUAGCAGCUCGCAAUAACCCUUUAAUUUCAAUCUUACAUAUCAGCUUCGACACAUAUAAUCUACUACACCGGUGGCUAGGCCGUAUCAUCGUGCUUGAAUCUAUUGUCCACACAACUGCGUGGGCAGUCAAUGCAGUUGAUGAGCAGAAUGUGUCGGCCAUGCUCGAGCGCAUCAGAGACACCCCGUUUUUUGGCUGGGGCAUGGUCGGUACCAGUGCGAUGGUCUUCCUUGGUUUGCACUCCCCAUCUCCCAUUCGUCAUGCUUUCUACGAGACCUUCCUGCACCUUCACCAGCUGGCUGCAUUAUUGGCUUUCCUCGGUGUAUAUGCCCAUCUUAGCUUGGACAGUCUACCGCAAAAACCCUGGGCAUAUGCAAUUCUCAUGAUCUGGUUGAUCGAACGCAGCACCCGACUCAUGCGCCUCGCCUAUUUGAACCUAUCCCACAAACAUGGGACGACCAACAUGACGGUUCAAGCACUCCCCGGCGAGGCAUGUCGUGUUACCUUCCACCUUCCUAAACGCGUCAACAUCCAGCCCGGCUGCCACGUCUACGCCUAUAUCCCCUGCGUGUCCUGGUGGAUGUCCCACCCCUUCUCCAUCGCAUGGGCCCAACCCGCCACCAGCGCAGCCCCCUACGGCACCAAAUACCUGGACUCCGAUUCCGCCAACCAGGAAACUAUCCUGACACCAUCCUCCCUCGAAAAACAAGCCGCUGAACUCGACAACUAUUUCGAGCCCACCUACCGCCCAACUGAAGUUUCACUUAUCAUUGGUGCCCGUCAAGGCAUGACCCGCCGCUUGUAUGACCUCGCUCGGUCCAAGCCAGACCAAAUCCUCCGUGCCCCCGGCUUCAUCGAAGGCCCAUACGGCUCGCAUCCUGCCAACGCCGCCAGCUACGGUACUGCCGUGCUCUUCUCCGCCGGCGCCGGCAUUACUCACCAUUUAAUGUACGCGCGCGACCUUGUCGAACGCGCUGCCACCGAGCGCGCCGCCACCCGUCGCGUCUAUCUUAUCUGGUCUGUCCGCUCUACUGAGCAUCUCGCCUGGAUCAGCCAGUGGAUGGACCAGAUUCUGCGGCUACCACAGCGCCGCGAGAUCCUGGUCACGAAGGUCUUCGUCUCGAAACCCAAGCGCCCCACAGAUAUUAUCUCGCCGUCUGCCACGGUUCAAAUGCACUCAGGCCGUUGUAGGGCGGAUGUGGUCCUUGACGAAAUUAUGCCGAAGCGGGUUGGCGCUACCUUGGUCUCGGUUUGCGGGCCAGGCGCAUUUGCGGAUGAGGUACGCGCGGCUGCCCGGGCGAGAAUCGGGAGGGGAGAUGUGGUGGAUUUUGUGGAGGAGGCUUUUACAUGGUAG